AUGAAAAAAUAUCUGCUAUGGCUGCUACUUUGCUUUACGCCACAACUUUAUGCGCAUCCCCAUAGUUUUGUGGAGAUGAAAACUCAAUUUAUUGCCGAUGAAGUAGCGAUCACGGGAUUACAAAUGACAUGGACAUUUGAUGUGAUCACCUCGGCCGAUGUGUUAUAUGAUUUAUUAAAUGGUGAUGAUUCGGCGCAAAAUUGGCAUCAACAUGCCAGCGAUAUGAUGGAUAAUAUUAUCGCAAAUGAUUAUUUUACUCGUUUUUAUCGUUACGAUAGCACAACAAAAUCAGCACUAAUUUCAUUUAGUUCACCACCGAUUAAUUACAGUUUAAGUCAUCAGGAUUUACAGGCGAUUUUAACCUUUAGUAUUGCCUUUGAAUCACCACAGCCACUAAGCCAAGUCGAUUAUAAAUUAUUUACUUUUGAGCCAACUUUUUAUGUCGAUAUGUAUUAUGACAAUAUCAGUGAUAUUGAGUUAGCACCAACCAUGCAACCAAGUUGUAAAUUGGCUUUGCAGACACCAGAGCCAAGCGAAGAGCUACAAAAUUAUGCGUUAUCAUUGGAUCGCGAUGAUGCGCCAGAACCGAAUAUGGAUUUGGGGAUGUCAUUUGCGCAGCAGGUUAAUUUAGUAUGUCGUUAA